AUCCACCGCACUCCUCCCCAAAGUGCUGGGCUGAGACUUCCUCGUCAGGGCUGAUGCUGCAGCUGUUUUGCAGCUGGCCUGGGGGGUACCCCCACCCCACCCUGCACUGGCGAGAAGAGGGGCACGAUCUGGACAACUCCAGCUGGGUCAUCAGCUCCACAAGCAACUCAGACACCCACGUGGAAACACUGAACAGCUCCCACCUCUCCCACCGCAAAGUGUUCAAGUGUGUCGGGAGCCACGUUGUCAAGCAGGAGGAGCCUGCGUGCACUGUGGAGAUAAAAAUCCCUUCACUGGAAUCAGAGCCCCCCAAAACCUGCCUUGUGGGUGACAACGUGACCCUGACGUGCCGUGUGACCGAGAGCACCCCGGCAGCGCGGCUCACCUGGCUGCAGGGCAUCGCCCAGCCCGAGGUGGAGAUCCAGCCCGGAGGGAGGUACCUCAUCACCCAGGAGGGCAACGUGUCCCGGCUCACCAUCCGGAACUGCUCCCAGGGCACUGACGGCGGCUGCUACGUCUGCAAGGCACAGAACCCCGUGGGGCUGCGGGAGUUGUUCGUCUGCCUGACGGUGACACAGCCAGUGAACAUCAUUGGGGUCGUGGGCGCAGUGGUGGUCCUGUCCCUGCUGGCUAUUCUCACCAUCAUCGGGGUUGUCCUGUACUACAAUCCCCUCCUGUGCCUGAGAGGUGCUGCAUUCAGGAGUCAGGACUCGGGUGAUGUCCUGGUGCUGGUGGACUCGGAAGAUGACGAUGAGGGGAAGGGGGAAGAGGAGACCAUGAGCAGCUCCGCCAAGCACGAGGCGCUGGCGCUGGUCAAUGGGAACAGCGUCCAGGCUGCUUACCUCAAUGGCCUCGCAGAAG